CGAAACCUCACAAAACUGUCCCUUAUCUUCAGUCACAUGCUGGCCGAAAUCAAGGCGAUCUUUCCCAAUGGCCAGUUCCAGGGAGAUAACUUCCGGAUCACCAAAGCAGAUGCUGCUGAGUUCUGGAGGAAGUUUUUUGGAGACAAGACUAUUGUACCAUGGAAAGUCUUCAGACAGUGCCUGCAUGAGGUCCAUCAGAUCAGCUCUGGCCUGGAAGCAAUGGCUCUGAAGUCCACCAUUGAUUUAACUUGCAAUGAUUACAUCUCAGUGUUUGAAUUUGAUAUUUUUACCAGACUAUUUCAGCCCUGGGGCUCUAUUUUACGGAAUUGGAACUUCUUAGCUGUGACACACCCGGGAUACAUGGCGUUUCUCACGUAUGAUGAAGUUAAAGCACGACUACAGAAAUACAGCACCAAGCCUGGGAGCUACAUUUUCCGGUUAAGCUGCACUCGGCUGGGACAAUGGGCCAUUGGCUAUGUAACUGGCGACGGCAAUAUCCUACAGACAAUCCCUCAUAACAAACCCCUGUUCCAGGCCCUGAUCGACGGUAGCAGGGAAGGCUUUUAUCUCUAUCCUGAUGGGCGAAGCUAUAACCCUGAUUUAACCGGAUUAUGUGAACCUACACCUCAUGAUCAUAUAAAAGUUACACAGGAACAGUAUGAACUGUACUGUGAGAUGGGCUCCACUUUCCAGCUCUGCAAGAUCUGUGCAGAGAAUGACAAAGAUGUCAAGAUUGAGCCUUGCGGGCAUCUGAUGUGCACGUCGUGCCUUACCGCGUGGCAGGAGUCUGAUGGCCAAGGCUGCCCCUUCUGUCGCUGUGAGAUAAAAGGGACCGAGCCCAUCAUCGUGGACCCCUUCGACCCGAGGGACGAGGGCUCCCGGUGCUGCAGCAUCAUUGACCCUUUCAGCAUGCCCAUGCUGGACUUGGAUGAUGACGAUGAUAGAGAGGAGUCUUUGAUGAUGAACAGGCUGGCGAGUGUUCGAAAGUGCACAGACAGGCAGAACUCACCAGUCACAUCGCCAGGAUCCUCACCCCUUGCCCAGAGAAGAAAGCCUCAGUCAGACCCUCUCCAGAUCCCCCACCUCAGCCUGCCGCCAGUGCCUCCCCGCCUGGAUCUCAUUCAGAAAGGCAUUGUGCGUUCUCCGUGUGGCAGCCCCACAGGCUCCCCAAAGUCUUCUCCAUGCAUGGUUAGAAAACAAGACAAACCACUCCCAGCUCCCCCUCCUCCCAUGAGAGAUCCUCCCCCUCCGCCAGAGAGGCCUCCCCCAAUCCCACCUGACAACAGACUGAGCAGACACUUCCACCAUGGAGAGAGUGUGCCUUCCAAGGACCAGCCAAUGCCUCUUGAAGCCUGGUGCCCUCGGGAUGCCUUCGGGACUAAUCAGGUGAUGGGAUGUCGCAUCCUAGGGGACGGCUCUCCAAAGCCUGGAGUCACAGCAAACUCCAACUUAAAUGGAAGGCACAGUAGAAUGGGCUCUGACCAGGUUCUGAUGAGGAAACACAGACGCCACGAUUUGCCUUCAGAAGGAGCCAAGGUCUUUUCCAAUGGACACCUUGCCACGGAAGAAUAUGAUGUUCCUCCUCGGCUUUCUCCUCCCCCUCCAGUCACUGCCCUCCUCCCUAGCAUAAAAUGUACUGGUCCAUUAGCAAAUUGUCUCUCAGAGAAAACAAGAGACACAGUAGAAGAAGAUGACGAUGAAUACAAGAUUCCUUCAUCCCAUCCUGUUGCCCUGAAUUCACAGCCAUCUCAUUGUCAUAAUGUCAAGGCUCCUGUUCGGUCUUGUGAUAAUGGCCACUGUCUAUUGAAUGGAACUCAUGGUACGCCUUCAGAGAUGAAGAAAUCAAACAUCCCAGAUCUAGGCAUCUAUAUGAAGGGAGAUGUUUCUGAUUCAUCCUCUGAUCCAGUACCAUUACCACCUGCCAGGCCUCCACCCCGGGACAACCCAAAGCAUGGUUCUUCAGUCAACAGGACGCCCUCUGAUUAUGAUCUUCUCAUCCCUCCAUUAGGUGAAGAUGCUUUCGAUGCCCUCCCUCCAUCCCUCCCUCCUCCCCCACCUCCUGCAAGACAUAGUCUCAUCGAGCAUUCAAAACCUCCAGGCUCUAGUAGCCGGCCUUCCUCAGGGCAGGACCUUUUCCUUCUUCCUUCAGAUCCCUUCUUCGACCCAACAAGUGGCCAGGUUCCCCUGCCUCCUGCUAGGAGAACACCAGGAGACAGCAGCAAAACCAACAGGGCCUCCCAGGACUAUGACCAGCUCCCCCCAUCUUCAGAUGGUUCCCAAGCACCAGCUAGACCCCCCAAACCGCGACCCCGAAGGACUGCACCAGAAAUUCAUCAUAGAAAGCCCCAUGGGCCUGAAGCGGCAUUGGAAAAUGUUGAUGCAAAAAUUGCAAAACUCAUGGGAGAGGGGUAUGCCUUUGAAGAGGUGAAGAGAGCCUUAGAGAUUGCCCAGAAUAACGUGGAAGUGGCCAGGAGCAUACUUCGAGAAUUUGCCUUCCCUCCUCCUGUCUCCCCACGUCUGAAUCUAUAGCAGCCAGAACUGCAAACAUCAAAGGGCAGUUAACAAAAAUUCCAGGAGUAUGGAACCGAAAAACUGAGAGGGAAUGCAGGAGCCAUGGUGUCUGUCCGUGUGGCAUCUCCAGAAGGCAGGUGGAGUCCAGCUUCUCUGGUACCACAGCUCCCUUAGGAUGCCCACACUGCAGCUUCUGUGUUUGUGCUAGCCAUACUUUGAAAUCAGGGUUGAACUGAUAAAAUAAUUUAAAGACGUUUACUCCCCCCUUGAACUGUGAAUCUGUGAAAUGCUUUUCCUUGUUUACACGUUGGCAGAACUGCAGUUUGUCUGUUUUUGAUUCCUGUACUGUGUUCCUGACAGGCCCUUUUGCAGAGUCGGUCAGGUCUGCUGUAAGUUUUUCCAUGCCUGCCCUGGUGCCCACAUCGGCGGCUAAACCAUCUCUUUGUGUUGCUAUCCAUCCGGGCCCACCUCAUGUACCCAGGUCCAGUUCCAUUUCUUCCAUUCAUGUGGCACGCUAGUCUGAAGAUCCUGAGUUUUCAGUGUUUCAAACUAAUGCAGAAAGAAAAAGAAAAAUGCGUGUGGUCUUGUCUUCACUACUGAGUCUUUUCUUUGGGAACCAUCACUGUUGAGAAGCGUGGAGGAAAACCUGAAUGUAAAAAGCAUUUAUUUGUCAAUAAACUGCCUUUUGUAAUGGGGUUUUUUACAUACUAUAAAAGAGCUUCUCUUGUUAGUUUAAGUUCUGUGACCUUUAGGUUUCUCACCUCUCCCUCUCAGCCACCCAGGAGUGUCAUGAUGCUGUAAAAGUGACUGCUGCAGAUGCAGGAGAAACAAGUGUACAUGAGACAGUGCUUGUACCAUAGGACCAUAAUGAGGUCCCCUGAUGUUUAUGCCUGCAUCCCUUUCAGGAGAGAUGGAGGAGAGGACCGCCUCCAAAUAGGUUACUAUGCCUUUAGAUAAGCUAGUGGACAUACAUGCCUUUCCCAAAUGAAAAAGAGCCCAUUCUGCAUUUUAUGACGUCAUGUGCUCCUCACAGUGGGGGAGCCCCUAAGGCACUGAUGACUGUUAAGUAUCACUGCCACUGCAGGCCUUGGAACUCGCAAAACUUUUAGUACCCUUUGUCCAGGAUCCCUGUUUACUCUAUGGGUUUUGUCAUUGAUGGCUCUGUGUUGCCCCAUCCUGUCAGAUGAAACCGUGGUUACGUUUAAUCUACAGAUUUCUUUUGACCAUCUGUAAUGUGAUGUGCACUCUUGUUGGCUUUGAAAGCACAAACUCUGACACAUGAACUCCACCAUAUUAUUUGUGCAGAUGCUUUUUGGUGGUAAAUGUCUCUAGUCUGAUGGAUGAAGCUUCAAGGAUUGAUGUUAGGACUCCAGACCUCUGUGGCAAUGUCAGGUUUCUUUUGUUUUGUAUUGUUUUGUUUGGUUUUUUAUUUAAUUUGGUUUGGUUUUAUUCUUUAUUUUUUUCUUUUUUGCAUCCUUAAUAGUGGGAGGAAAAGAAUAAAAACUAUCUCCAUGUAAAAAUGCUUGAACCACAUUUUGAUACUUUCUAAACAUGGAUUUAGUUGUAGUUUUGUACGGAUGUUUCUUACCACUCCUUACUCCACACCCAGUCUCCCAUACAGAAAAGCCUCAGAUAACCACUCAUCCUGACAAAGGACAACAAGAUAGUACAUCAGACAGAUCCGAUGGAGCCACCAUCGUACAAGACUCAUGGACAAAGCUGUGUUUGUCCACGAAGGGAUCCAGCACAUUCUUUUUGCAGUCUGGCUUUCAUGGACAGAGACAGGAUUUGAGAAAUCCUGGUCUUUGCAGAUUUUAGGUUUGUUGGUCCUCUGAUGCUUCAGCUACCAGAAGGGGUAUUUUUUUUUUAAAGGUUUUGCCAUCCUAUACCUGGGAGGAGGUAUGAAUACAAGUUUUUUAUACUUUUAUAAUUGGCUGUUUGUUGUUUUAUUAUCUGCUCUUAAUUUUUUGUACUUGUUUUAUAAGUUCUGAUGUCAUACUGAUGGAGUGUUAUGCGUUUUGGGCUUCACGUAACUUCCCAACAGUCUGCUGCAUAGCCUAAAACCCAGAGUUGCCCCCUUUGUUGUCCUAACACUGUUAAGACAUCCUUAAAAGAUGAGGGGGUAAGUUUACAACAGGACACUGGGACCCACAGCAUGUUCUCCUCCAGUCUCAGAUAAUAGGAGAAAUUAUUCUCAAGAAUUUAGAUGUGCUGCAAAGUUGAUUGGGACCUGAGGUUUAGGGAGGGUAGGGAAGGGCAAAUAAUUUUCUGGAUUGUACCAAGAUCCCUGCUGCAUCCACUCAGCAAAGAGAAUCUUAUGAGUCAUAUAUAAGACAAAGCAAACAGAAAAUGUGAAAACUCACAGAAUUUGUUUGAAAAGAAUUGUUGAAAUUAUUUUUCAUUAUGAAAGGGACUACUAGUUAAUACUUUUAAAAUGCUCUACACUUUGUUCCCUCUGAUCUAGAAAUUGAGAUGUGCCUCCCAAUGCUCAAGAUUUGAUAAUAGAAUAUAGUAUUUUAUAUAAUCUACACAAUUAAAACAAGCCAUGGCUAAUUGUAACCCCCUACCUGGGAUUCAUCUCCAAUGAUAUUCCAGUCCAAUGAUACUGUUUUUCAAGAACUCGGAAGGGUUUUUUUUCUUUUUCCUUUCCCUUUUCCCUUUAUCCACCCCCUCCCCAACUUCUUAGUAUCUAACAUAUAUUACAGCCAAAUUUUGUGGGCCCAGAUCCUGGCAUUUUGAUGCUUAUCUUGCUUCCACAAUUACAAUUGUUAGCCAUUCCCAUGUUCCCCAUGCCCACAGUACAACAGAGCCCUGGCUACAACCCUCAGAGGUCUGUUUGCCAACUCAGUGUUUCACACACCCAGGAUACAUGCAGAGUUCUUCAUAAUGUGAACUUCCUGAUGGUUCAGUCCCAGAAGCAUUUCCUGCAGUUUCAACGUGACUUUGCCUCUCGGAUUUUCAACUUGAAGCCUUAGUUUGCACUGAAUUAUCUCAUCUGGUUUUAAAAUGUCUCAAAUGGACUGAUUUGGAAGCAAAAUGUGGUAUAUUUUAAAUAUUGAUGCAGGUACUUUCUGUAAACCUGAAAUGUUGAGCUUUGAGAAAGACUUUCCGGAAAAAAGACAGCAAUAGAAAGAAAGUUUUCUUCUCAGUUCCUAUUUUUAUUGUUUUGAAAAUGCAGUUUUUAAAACUUGUCUAAUGUGGCAAAAUAGCUAUGUGUUCAAUUAAUUUAUAUUUUAUUCAUUCUUUUUCAAUUCUGGAUAUGUAACCUCAAGUACUUUAUCUGUUCUUUUAAGGUAUUUUAUAAAAUGAAUGUUGACAAA